CCGAGGAUGUCCGCGACAAGCGCACCGUAGUACCUACUUACAAAUCGAUAAGUGUUCCCUUUGUGAUUAUUUGUUUUUUUUCUUCUUCUUCUGCCGGAGGUCGUCCCUUUCAGUUUCUCCCAAUACAGCAGGUGGAUAAUGCAAAAGGACCCGAGUGUGGAGUCGUUGGCGUGCGACGUGAAUUUGGUGUUGAGCGCGGCCGAGGAUUUGGACGACGUGACUGAAAUCGACCUCGCACUUCUCGAGAGGUACACCGAGGCUCUGGACAAGGGCUCGAGGGAAGCGAUGCUGGACGUCCUUCACGACACCAAAGUCCGGAUUGUCGGCAGUUUGGUUCAGGCCCACAAGGGAUUUCGAACUUACGUGCGCCAGCCGUGUCCGGAAACCAAAGCCUAAGGGUGUUAAUGAGUGCCCGAUGUGUGUGUUUUUUUUUAAAUUUUUUGUACGCAUAUUACACCUACUGCCUUUUUUCCAUGCGGGUAUACGUUUAACGUACGCGUGUGUCGUGGAUUUAUCUUAAACUGUAAAAAAUUAAUUAUUGUACCAAAAAGUACCUAUGCAAAAUAAUACGAGCUGGUUGUUCCACGUGUAAGUACAAGUGUAAAUAGUGCUACUGACUCACGCGUGUUUUUUUUUUUUUCUCACAUUCGUGUGUGUCCUUUUUUUCUUUAAUUUAUUCGAUAAUGGAGGUUUACAGUUCAAGUGUACUUCCAUUUUUGCAGUGCUAAUCAGUUCUAAUCAUUACUUAAGUUAUUUUAUACUUAAUAAAAAAA